AUGUCUCUUCUCGACGUUGGCACAGUUUCAGCUAUUGCCUCUCCUACAAUCUCGGAAAUUGCCUCCUUCCAUAUGGUCUCUAGUGUUGAAGCCCUGCAACCGCCUCAGACCACCUACGACUCUGACGAUGAAAUCGUCUGGAGUGUCUCAGAGACUGAGGUUGUUGCCCUGUCAGGUUCCGAGCACAUUGACGACUUUGUGCUACUCAGUAGGCCACAGUCUGCUCUAGCCGGGCGUGACCGCACGGCUCUGAAGCCUGUGGAGGACAACAUCCCAGAUGUCAUUCCACCAGCUACUGUUACAAGAUCGCUUGUCUUGGAGAUGCAGAAGCUCAGCAUCAGUGAGAAUCCACCCAAAAUAGCUGAAGUCCAGACCCUCGCUACGCCUCCUAUGACGCCGAAGAAGCAGAAAAAGAAGAAGCGAGGACGAACUGCAGAAUCAUAUCCUACAUCUCCUGUGAAGGGAACUGCGACUGCUCAGCCCCCCGCUACAAUCCAUGUAGCCCCUUCUCCUUCCAAGAAAAAGCAGAGGAAGAAGAAGCAGAAGGCUGCUGCUGCUGCAGGACCUUCCACAUCCACCAGCCAUGGGUCGCGCAAUGUUGUGGAUGACGUUUCAGACCGGCAGUCGCUGUCAAUGGAGGGCGAUUCUGUAACAGAGCCUUCCAUAGAGUGGCAAGAAGCGGCAACUUUCAUCUCUUCGUAUGUAUCUGUCCCCUUUAUCCCCCCAAAGGAACUUAUCAGAUGCGCCAACAGCUAUCUCUCGAACCCGGCGGCACAAGCAAGCACUGUCUGUCGCCUUACAUUACUGCAGUCGAUCAUCAUCGAGUUGGGGCUCGGAGCCAGCUCUACACUGCCUGUAUCGCUUACGGCUGCCAAGGCAUUUCUUAAGAGCCGCGUGUUCCUCAAUAUCCGAGCAUAUCUUGCGGUCCGUGGGCAGGGGCCGAAGGCGGUUCAGGGAUUGCUUUUUCCCAGCCGAAGUGCUCUGAUCAAAGAUAUUCGGAAAAAGAGGAACCCGGCGUCGCUAAAGUACUUUUGUCCACCAUCAUCGCAAGCACCGCUUGCCACAACCCCUCAAACCUCUUCACCCAGUUUUAUGCUAAAUAAGCAAACACAAAAAUCAAAAUCUGAAUCACAGCUCAAACCACUUACGAACAAUCAUAUCGGUACCAGCAAGCAUGGAAGUAAAGAAAAACGCACCGACCUCCUUCUCAGUCUUCCAGUCGAGACUCUCACUGGAAUUACAUCACAUUUGGACCCCCAUACCCUCAUUAUAGUCUCCAAGGUCAACAAGCAACUUUGGGAACACGUUAAGGACGACCAUACUUGGCAUUGUGCUUUCGCCUGCCAAGUUCUGGGUAUAGGUCCUGAGGACGACCUUUAUGAUGCCACCAAGUCUAUCAUGCUCAGACGCACUGAGGGAUCAUGGAAACGCGAAUUUAUUGCUCGUUACAACCUGUCAAGAUGUUGGAAACUGUCUCGGAAUGUAACGACCACCCACGACCCGCUCCAUACCGCCAUAACUAGCGUGCACCUCAUGCAUCCGCUGUCAGUCUUAGCGUCGUCCAUUCAAUAUGGCAUCGUGUCGCGCUCUAUUCCCCUGACAGGAAAAGUUUUACCUGGCUACCUUGAUGCAUCCGGGUUCCGCGCAGGUCUGGGGAUUGGAAAUCCUACUACUCAGUUCUCACCAGAUAUAUCUGCCUGUGCACUUGCCUCGGAAGGCGGCACCGCAAAAGUUUUGUGGGGCUUCAAGGGCGGAGACGUUGCGAUAACGACGGCCAGCAAGGCGAUGGAAGUAAGGAAGACGGCUUCCGCCGAACUUAAGCGCUGUCAAUUGGCAGACGCGCAUGUGGGCGAAGUAUUGGAUGUGGUUUGGGGCGACGCGCAGAGUGCAGUGUUUGCCUCUGCUGGCGCGGACGGGUGUGGCAAACUUUGGGAUGCCAAAGACGUUAGUUGCCUUUGGACCUCGAAGGUUGAAACGUCAGUCCCCGAAGCAUUUGUCAAGGUCGCUUUAGCGCCAGAUCAAGGAUAUGUCGUAGGCGUGGUGCGAAGUGGCGCAAUACACGUCUGGACGGGGUUCACCCUCCCAGCCCUGGCCAAUGCAACAAUUACUGACGUCGUUAUCCCGUGCCCAUGUCCAGCCCAGGCCGUUACAGGCGAAAUUACUCCAACGCGCGAAGUGUCUGCUUUGUUCGUCGAUGAAACCGCGACUUCUCCCACAAUUCUCGUUGCAUACCGUGACGAUGCAUAUUUCUAUCGAAUGCGCAUUGGCAAGAACAUGUCUGAAACCGAAAUAACGACGUUUGGCGACGCUUCCUUUGGACCCAUAUCAAUCAUUACACCAUUUUUCUCGCGUGAACCAAGCGAGUCCAGCUUUGUCAUAUCUGGAGACCAUAUUGGAUGCAUCAACGUGUACGAUUGGGCCGUACCCGCACACACAAACACAGCUAUACGUCCCAUCCGCAAAUUCGAGGCUCAUGAAGAUGGGUCAAGUGUGACUGCCAUCGCCUGCGAUGGAACCACCUUGAUUACCGGCUCGCAACGAGGUGCUACACACGUUUGGGACGCUCUGACUUUUGAGCAUCUGAGGCAUUUUUCUUCGCCUGUUCCAAAGGUUCGGAUGCGGCACGUCAAUGUUGACAUCCACGAUCAAAGGGUGAACCAUAUCCUUAUUCCGGAGAAGGAUGUUCUUUUUGUUUCUGUAGGCGAUAGAAUCAUGUCGUGGAAAGCCGGUCCAGUCUCCAAGAUCCAUCGUGGAGGAGUGAGAGGACGCCAUUCGACUGGAAUCGCUCAUGGAAAGAAGGUAAAAGCUGGCACGGCCAAGUUCCUGCAACAACUGGAAAUAAAUCAGAUGAUUACUGAAUCUCGCUACUUGCUCUCUGACGAGAAGAAGCGUGUGCCACGUGUACUUGGCCGGGAGGAAGAACAGCAAGCAGGUUUAAACUCCCUUGGCUUGACCGAAACUGAAGCGUUGGACGAUAUUAUUGGCGGUACGGGCGCUGGUUCUUCACAAACUUCCGUUACUGCGAACGAGGGCCUUUUCAAGAUGGAUUUUGAUGAGCCGUCCACAAGUCCCCCGAUUUUGUCGAUGAGACCAGGUGGACCCCUCCCCUCACCACCUCAUAGUAGGGACGAAGUCUCUUCGCCUUACAAAGAGAUCAAAGAAGCUGACACCGCUUCUGAGGAUGUGGGGUCUGGAUCUUCUGUGUCAUCUCUCGAACAUUUUCCGCUAAUCAGUGCAAGUACCAGCCCGGUGGCUAGUCCUGUCUUGGAGCCUGCUGAGAGGAAUAAAGCUCCAAGUUCGGUGUCAUUUCCGUCGCCCAUCGUUGGGCGUCCACAACCAUUAGCGGGCAAGUCCGCAUGGAACACUCCACUUGUCAAGAAGAGUCCCCCUGCCAGAACUCCCGUUUUUGGAAAUCCUCGCAGUAACGAGAUGCCGAUUUGA